AUGUUCUUCUACGCCACUGCACCAGAUGCUGACUUUGACGACUGCACCAGGGACGAGGAAGAGGGCUCCAUCAUCAAGUCGAUGAUCUCACAACUCAGGGUUGGUAUGGACCUUUCAAAGGUUACUUUCCCCACGUUUGUGCUCGAACCCCGCAGCAUGCUUGAACGCAUCACCGACUUCAUGUCCCAUCCGGACCUCAUCUUCGGUGCGGAGCAGUUUGAUGAUCCUGGGGAGCGUUUUCUCCGCGUGCUGCAGUACUACCUUGCCGGAUGGCACAUCAAGCCCAAGGGCGUGAAGAAACCAUACAACCCUAUCCUCGGUGAAUUUUUCCGUUGUAGAUACGACUAUCCCGAUGGCUCGCAGGGCUUUUACAUCGCCGAGCAAGUGUCGCACCAUCCUCCAGUGUCUGCGUUCUACUAUGUUACACCCGCAAACAAGGUUGCCAUCGUCGGGGAACUGCGGCCCAAGUCCAAAUUCCUUGGGAACAGCGUCUCGACCACGAUGGAGGGUGAAAACCGGAUCUACCUCAUGGGCCGCCCGGAUGACGGACCAUAUGUAAUCUCGAUGCCCAACAUGUAUGCGCGCGGGAUCCUUUGGGGAAAGAUGGUACUUGAGCUCGGAGACUCGUGCACAGCACGCAACGACAGGAACGCGCUGGGCGCGGACCUGCAGUUCAAGACGAAGGGUUACUUCUCUGGCACCUAUAACGCGAUCCAGGGACGAAUACGCCGCGGGAAUACGGAUACGGGAGAAGUGAGUGGGAAGUGGAGCGGCGUUAUGGAGCACAAGAGCAGCAGAACAGGCGAACGUCGUGUGCUGUUUGAUGUUUACAAGCAUGGUGACCAGGUUGCACCAAAGUGGGUCGCACCGGAGGACGAGCAGGACCCGAACGAAUCGCGGCGCCUAUGGUCGAAGUUGACGCAGGCAAUCUUGGCGAAGAAUAUGGAUGCGGCAACAGAGGCGAAGACGGCAGUGGAGGAGUCGCAGCGCGAUCUGCGUAGGAAACGCGAGGAGAGCGGGGAGACAUUUGUUCCGCGAUUCUUCCAACAAGACCGGGAGGGGCGUUGGGGGCCUAAGAUUACGUUGCCAGAAGAUCCACAAGAAGCAGUAGAAGUUGUAAAGGGCUGGAUUUGGUCAUCACCUCAGACACACUCUUGA